CUGUUGGCUCGAACAUCUCGAAAUCAUAUUCUUCCGGUACAGAAGUGCUAUAAUUUUUAUACUUCGUUUUAGUUUCAAUCGAAGGGUUUAGAAAAGUACAAAGUAAGUCAAGAUGCCUACAAUAAAGCCAGUGACGUACGAAGAAGAAUUGAAGAAGAAUCCGGACUUAAAAGAAGAAGAUAUACAAGCAUUGAGGGAUUGGUACAAGAAACAGCCUCAUUUACCAAAAAUAUCGGACGCCGAGUUGGCGUUAUUUUUCCAUAGUAACUAUUAUCGAAUGGAACCCACAAAAGCAACUAUCGAAACGUAUUAUACGGUAAAGUCACAUGUACCCGAAUUUUUUUCGAACAGAGAUCCCUUACAACAGAAAGAUUUGAGGAAAGCCUUUCAAACAGUAACCAUCCAGGUUUUGGAUAAGAAAACAGACGAGGGUUACGCAAUUCUUUAUGGGACAUUGAUCGAUCGCGAUCCCUCGAAUUACGUCUACAACGAUGCAAUGAAAUAUUUGAGCAUGAUCGUAGAUUUAUGGCUAUGCAAGGAGGGUACAAUGCCGGGGCACGUAAUACUGUUCGACAUAAAGGAUGUUGUCUUCGGCCAUGCUGCUCGAUUGAGUCCUAUGGGGUUGAAGAAGUACCUUUACUUUUUGCAAGAAGGACUGCCAGUUCGCCUAAAAGGAUUUCACUUCAUGAACAUUACACCAGUGAUGGACGUGAUACUCAGCAUGAUGAAGCCAUUCAUGAAGAAAGAAUUAUUGGAUAUGUUCCAUACGCACACAAGCUUGGAGACUUUAGCACAAUUUAUUCCUGUGGAUGCACUGCCAAAUGAAAUUGGUGGAAAAGCCGGACCAACCUUAGAACUGCACACAUAUGGUAUCAAAAUGCUCGAAGAUAAUCGUGAUUGGUUCCUAGAGGAAGAACGAACGAAACGUGUUAAUGAGUCAUUGAGAUCGGGUAAAGGGAAAACAGCGACCGAUCUCUUUGGAGUCGAAGGAAGUUUCAAGAAACUUGAAAUUGAUUAGAUAAUUAUCAUUGUAUUAGAACGCUCAAAACUAUGUGGCAUCAAGUUUGUAAUUUACAUAAUAUUCAUUUAACUACUGCAGUGAAAAUAUUAAUGUAAUAACCGUUACAAUAAUUUAUAUAAUUGCAAUAUAAAUAUGGUUAAUAAAACACUUAAUGGUCAAUCCAUUGUAA